AUGAUUCGAUACAAGAAUUCAUCAAGGCGUUCCCACAAGGACAAGACAGGCACCUUAUCAGAUGACGAUCUAUCGGACGACGAUUUCGAGAAUCUCACAACGCAACGUUCGUUCUACAUCGAUGCUGUAUGUGGUCAAGAGGACUCGCCGAUUGAAGACGAACGCGAGCUGCAACAGUGGGUGGAGAGGGAAGCACGAAAUCUCGGACUACUCGACAAAUAG